AACACACUGAAGCUGGAUCGCGCGCACAGUGUAGGAACUAUUGAUGGCGUUUCUAGUCGGCUCGUUUAUAGCGUUGCGCCUCACGCUAGUAAACAUCCGCCGGAGUUCACGCGCACGUUCCCUUAACUCUGUCUGUAUCUCAGAGCGAAUUCAGUACAAGGGCCAUGAGUUUCUUCCUCCCCAAACUGUCGUGUAAAAAAGACAUCGAUGACGCCAUCAAAUGCGUCGCGGAGAAGGUUUUAGUGCUGCGCUUCGGCAGAGAUGAAGACUCUGUGUGUUUACAGCUCGACGAGAUCCUGUCAAAGACGGCUCAUGAUCUGAGUAACAUGGCCAGUGUUUAUCUGGUGGAUGUGGACACGGCCGCGGUUUACACCAGAUACUUCGACAUCAGCUUCAUUCCCUCAACGGUGUUCUUCUUCAACGGACAGCACAUGAAGGUGGACUAUGGAUCUCCGGAUCAUACCAAGUUUGUGGGAAGCUUCAAAACCAAGCAGGACUUCAUGGAUCUGAUCGAAGUGAUCUAUCGAGGCGCCAUGAGAGGAAAACUGAUCGUCCAAAGCCCCAUCGACCCGAGAAACAUCCCUAAAUAUGAUCUACUGUACCACGACAUCUAGAGAGUGAGCCAGCACACCUUCUGAUGGAGAGACGAGGAAGUAGUUUCCCGUGGAAACGAUCAACAGUCUGAUGCGCUGCUUCUGUGUAUUGUGAACUUUUUUUUAUGGUAUUUACAAAAAGUAAAGCUUGUUGAUUUGACACGGACU